AAAAACUAUAGCUUUGUUAUAGUCUGUAAUGCUUGCUUUGACCUUGAGGUACUAUACUAAUGAAACAAUCUUUGGAGAGUUGUAGGAACUGGUUUUUCAGUUUUGAAAUUUUGGUUAUUAGCAUGGAUACAUGUCUUUGUGUGUCCCUUUUAAUUAGAGUGGUGGGUAUUUGCAAUGCAGACCUUGGCAGAGUUGGUGGUAUUGAUGUUUGCAUUAUUACAGGUUCAAAAUCUGAUGAGUGACUGCUAGAGGCAAAGCUCCGCCAUCGUUUGACGGGUGCUCUGUGCAAGAUUCUGGGACGAUGCGGCACGGUCCAUUUCCUGGUUUCAAUUCUGGUGCUUAUCAUCGUGCUCUGGAGUCUCGGCCUCCUCCUCAACUGUUGGAGGAUAAAAUUGCUGCUCAGGAAGCAGAGAUAGACCGACUUGUAGGGGACAACCGUAGAUUUGCGAGCACACAUGUGGCGUUGAGAGAGGCGCUUGUGGGUGCAGCGCAGGAAGUGCAGAAGCUGAAGUCACACAUUAGAAGCAUCCAGACUGAAGGUGACAUUCAGAUUAGAGUCCUACUAGAUAAGAUUGCAAAAGGAGAGGUAGAUAUUAGAGCUGGUCUUGGUUUGAAGAAGGACCUACAACAGGCCCAUAUUGAGGCACAGAGCUUGGCAGCUUCCAGGCAGGAAUUGAGUGCCCAAAUUCAGCGAGCCGCUCAGGAACUGAAGAAUGUCCAGAGUGAUUGUAAGAGUAUUCCAGAUUUGCAGGCUGAACUGGACAGUUUAGUGCAAGAACACCAGAGGUUACGUGCCACAUUUGAAUAUGAAAAAAACAAAAACAUGGAGCUUGUGGAUUACAUGAAAGCAAAAGAGCAGAAUCUGAUAGCAAUGGCAAGAGAAGUUGAAAUGUUACGAGCUGAGAUUUCUAAUGCUGAGAAAAGAAUAAAUGCACCAAAUCUGUGUAGGGCUGCUACCCCUGUAGACAGCAGUGGUCCCUUUCUAGAUGCGUAUGCAAGAGCUCAUGGUCAAAUGGCUGCUGGCCAAGUAGGAGAGAGUACGGUACCAAUUGGUGACAGCAAUGGAGUAGCUGCUGUCAAUAGUUCUGGUGUCGGUGGUGCUGUUUGGGCAGGUCCAUAUGAUCCCUCAGUUGCUCGGAGGUGAAGUUUAGCGAGUGACGGUUAAUUAUAUGCUGCUCAAUUUUAGCUUUUGCAGGUACAAUACAUGGGAAUUGUUGGUGUUUUUCUAUGUAAAUUUCACAGAUUGGGUGGUUUUAUUUGUAGCGCCUUUCUGUUUAAUAUGUUCAAUUUUGUUAAUUGUUGAAUCAAAUGUGCAAAAUGAAGAAGCCAAAGAUCUUUGCCUCAAACGAAACUUAUGGUAGAAUGAAUUGAAAGUCUUGUCAAG